UGUUUUUAAUGUGCGAUCAUUUAAUCUGCGCUGACUCGGCAUCUCGUCUUUUUUUUAUCAGCGGUCAUCUUCCCGUCGAGGGGCCGUUAGAGGACAUCACAGUCAUUACACGUGCGUCUCGAAAGGCCAUAAAAAGAUUAUUCAGUGCAAAACUGUUUAGUCGUGUAUCGUCCUUCCAAAUGCGUAAUAAAACAAUUGUUGCUAAAUGUUCCAAUGCGUGAUGUCGCCUUUGCGUGUUAUCUGAGAAGGAAAUGGAUGGAAAAUAAGUUCAUUAGAAUUUCAUGGGUUGCGUCAUGCUGGGAAAAAAAAAAAACCAAACUAAUUUUAACAUUAGUGUCUGUUGAAAAUUUUUUAUUUUUUUUCCCCCAGCACUCCCACACAGAAAAAAGUGAAAGUGCAUCUGAUGCGCUCAACGCAUGAAAUUCUUCUGCAUCUCACACAAUUCGAGUCCGCUUUGGAGGCACGUUGGACUCAAGUAUCAACAAAAACAGUUCUUGCGACUGCACGGAUGCCGAAGAGACACCAGGACAAGAACCAGGCCCAGAUGGCGUGACGGGAGGGACGACCUUGCAGUUAGCUCAAAGCCUCUUUUUGGAAGAACCCUAGACCAGUUCUAGCUCGGUCCAGUUGAGUUGCGUUUGCUGCCACCUCUUCACGCAUCUCAAAUGUCCGCUCCCAAGUCAGUCGUGCCUCGGACCGGCUUCAGCGCUGAGCGCGGCGGUCGCCACACGUCUCGGUUGUCCUGCUUUUUCCACGGAUGGACGGAAAUAUUGACUGGAAAGCGAGCAAGGUGGCGCUUGCCGUCGUCUUUUCGUUUUAGUCGACGGCCAGCGAAAAUGUUCCAAUAAAUCCUAAAAUGAAUCUGCCCCUCAAAUUCUUGAAUAGGUUUUUUUUUUUUUCGCAGGACUGCUUCCCCCCGGCCAAGUGCGAACGAUUGAGGACAAAAACAAUCUGUGAAGAGAAAUCCGCACGUGUGGAAGCGCAAACAUGCGAGGUUCCGCCGUAUCAGCAGGCAGAGAAAAAGAAAGUUGGAGAAGCCUCACUCGAAAUUGGGCGUGUUGGAUAACAGAUUGAUUUACUCAUUAAACCGUCCGCCAUCGUCACCUGCGAGGCUUCGGGAAGGCGCGUCCCUCGGUCGCCACGGCGAUGUCUACACAGGCCGUCAUUAAUGUUUGAUGAGCGGCGGCCUAUAAAGAUGCCGGCGCGCCGCCGCCGCCGUUCACUUUGACCGUGUGAGGAUGAGGCGCCCCGAGGACUGAGGACUGGUUUUUGAUUGCUUGCGCCGAGCGAAGAUGGAGCGGGCGGGAGACGCCGUCGCCGUCGUGGGCGUCGGCUGCAACUUCCCAGGCGGGGAGGGGCUGGAAAACUUCUGGAAGGUUCUGGUAAGCGGUCAGAACUGUUCGGUUCCGAUUCCCAAGGAGAGGUUCGACCUAAGCGCCUGGUACGACGCCGACGACGGCAAGCCGGGCAAGUCCCGCACGGCCAAGGCCGCCCUCAUCGACGGUUUCAACCAGUUCGACCACAAGUUGUUCGGCAUCAGCGACAGUGAAGUGGAACAAAUGGACCCUCAGCAGAAGCAGCUCCUUCAGUGCGUCUACCGAGCUCUGGAGAACGCCGGCAUUCCCGUGGAGAAGGCGAGCGGGACCAGAACCGGAGUGUAUUUCGGCCUGAUGAACCGAGACUACGAAACCAACGCGGCGCACGUGCACCCCAGCGUCAUCAACCACUGGACCGGGACGGGCUUGGCCAUGAGCAUCGCCGCUAACAGAGUGUCGUACGUCUUCCACUUCACCGGGCCGUCGCUGGCCAUCGACUGCGCCUGCUCGUCCUCCCUGGUGGCGCUCCAUCUGGCGUGCCAGGCCAUCAAACAAGGCGACUGCGAAAUGGCGCUGUGCGGCGGCGUCAACAGCAUCAUCGAGCCCAGAGUCUUCGUGGCCCUCAGCAAGGCCAAGAUGAUCGCUCCAGACGGGACCAGUAAGCCUUUCUCGAGCGGGGCCGACGGUUACGGCAGAGGGGAAGGGUGUGGUGUGGUUCUCCUCAAACCACUGAGCAAGGCCUUACAAGACCAGGAUCAUAUUUGGGGCAUCAUCAACAAGACUGCCGUCAACCAGGACGGCCACUCUGUGUCGCCAAUCACCAAGCCAUCCAUGACUCAGCAGGAGGAGCUUCUUCGGACGAUCUACUCCAAGAGUGACUUCGCUAACGUCCAGUACAUCGAGGCUCACGGCACCGGAACGCCGGUCGGAGACCCGACGGAGGCGGCGAGCCUCGCAAACGUCAUCGCCAAAGUCCGAACUUCCGGUGCGGAGAUUCUGCGAAUUGGCUCGGUGAAGAGCAACAUCGGACACACGGAAUCUGCCGCCGGGGUGGCCGGACUCAUCAAGGUGCUCCUCAUGAUGAAGCACGAGACCAUCGUUCCUUCGCUGUUCUUCUCGGAGGAGACGGCGAGCGUAGACUUCCGGGCUCUGAACAUGCAUUUACCCAAAGAGGUCGAAAAGUGGGAAGCAAGCGGAGGGCUGGUUGCCGGAGUCAACAAUUUCGGCUUCGGGGGUACAAACGCUCACGCUCUUGUCACCCAGUACAAGCAGUCACAUAGAGCAGACGUGAACGAUAGCAGGAAGAUGAAAUAUUUUGUCCUGUCGGCAAAUUCGACAAAAUCUCUCUCUCUCAUGCUGGAAGACACCGUCAGACGUCUGGAGAACAACGUGGAUCUCAAUUGUCUAUUGUACACGGCAGCAUGCAGGAGGAGCCAUCUCAAACACAAAUACCGACGGGCCUUCCUGGUUUCAUCCAUAGAUGACCUUAAAGAGAAACUCCAGGCGGCCGUGGCCAAAAACGCAAUAAGCCCAUCGCUCCCGGAUCCAAAGUUAGUGUUUGUCUUCUGCGGUAAUGGCGUCACUUACCACGGCAUGGGCAAGGAGCUGCUCCGACACGAGCCGGUCUUCAGAGACAAAAUUCAGGAGAUUUCCCAACUUUAUCAGCAACUGGGCAGCCUCGAUAUCCAGGACACACUCGAGAGCGAGAGCGGACCGAGCGACUACAACGCUCCGGACGUGGUCCAGCCUCUCCUCUUUGCUCUGCAGGUGGGUAUCGUCACUCUGCUCGGACACUGGGGCGUCAAAGCGGAUGCCAUGCUGGGACACUCUGUUGGCGAGGUGGCGGCAGCUCACUGCUCGGGCCUCCUGUCCCUGCGGGACGCCCUCAGAGUCGUCCACUUCCGCAGCGUUCUGCAGGCCCAAGCGGCCGGCGGAAAGAUGCUGGUGAUUAGCAAUAUGGCCGUAUCAGAGGUCACAGCUCUUCUCCCUCAAUACUCUGGGAAAGUUUGUCUCGCUGCUUUUAACAGUCCGCAGUCCUGCACCCUGUCAGGCGAUGCCGAUUCAAUCGAGAGGCUUCAGGCAACGCUGAGAAGCACAGCUAACAGUGACAACCUCUUCAUCCGCAUCCUCGAGGUCCCCGCUGCUUAUCACAGCCAUAUGAUGGAUCCGAUUCUUCCCAAAAUUAGGGAGGCUAUCGGCUUCUUGGAGGGGAACGAGCCAAGCGUCCAGUUAUUCUCAACGGUAACCGGAAAGGAGGCACAGAGCGGGGAUUUCUGCUCAGGUGAUUAUUGGGCUAGAAAUGUGCGUGAGCCCGUCGCUUUCGAGCAGGCAAUCAAAUCAGCUGGUCAGGGAAAGCGAGGUGUGGUCUUUUUGGAAAUCGGUCCAAGACGAGCCCUCCAGAGGAACAUCACGGAAACUCUGGGCAAUGAGAUCGCUGUCAUAGCUUCCCUGCAGCCAGAAAAAAACCACGAGACACUCUUGUCCGUCACUUCGAAGCUGUUUGAGCUCGGCGUCCGCGUCGACUGGAACGUCUUUUACGCAGGCUAUGAGGCACCGCCGCUGCCUUUUCCGAGAUAUCAGUUCGAUUGCUCAGACAGGGAUGUCAUCAUCAAAGGGGCGCAGAAAAACGUAGCGAGUAGUCACCCCGUGCUCUGUGCCACAGGAAACAAGGGGAACACUUUCAGCUGCGAUUUGAUGUCCGAGUCCACGUUCUACCUGAAAGAACACCGACACAACAAAGUACCCAUCAUCCCCGGGGCCUUCUAUGCCGAGUUGGGUUUAGCCGCAUUCAUGGCCUGCGCCAAACCCAAGGUCCCUCUCGGCUCACUGGAGCUCAGUGUCAGUUUUCACAGCCCAUUUGUCUUAACUCCAAACCCCCCAGAGAUGAAGGUGGAACUCGAGCAAAAGGAGAACGAAGCUAGUUUCACAGUCUUCUCCUCAUCAGCCACGUACGCAACAGGGACGGUUGCCUUCAAGAAAGAGCGCCCGGUCGAAGAGCAGUGCAUUGACCUGGACAGCAUUUACAAAAGAUGCACAUCUGUUGUGACCUAUCAGGAAUUUUAUGGUUAUCUCGCCCAAGGAGGCUUUCAGUAUGGAGAUGUCUUCACAAAUAAAGCAAACGUACACUAUGGGGAAGACCUGAAAGAAGCUUAUGCCCUGGUCACAGUUCCACAGGGACUACGGUCUCAGUUGUACGACUACUGCGUUCAUCCAGUAGUGCUGGACUUCCUCAUGCAGCUCCUCCCAGUCACAGUAGAGCACAUUUUUGCCGGGAGACCGGGAUUUCCUGCCAAGAUCGGAACUUUGAGCGUGUUAGAGCCGUUGCAAAAUGAGACGAUCGUCUACUUGAGGGCAACCGAUGUUGGCGCAGACCACUUUGAGGUCUGUGGAUGCCUUGCUGAUCGACAUGGUCGCACCUUGGUCGAAGUUAAGCAUGUGCUCAUCAAGUACCUUGGGAGUCGCUCUCAUGUGGUUGAGGAAUACUUUUACCAUAACGACUUUAGUGUCAUCCCAGAGGGGAUCACAAACGAUCCACCUCCAAAGGCUUUGGUCUUUUCGGACGAACUAGGGAUUACAAAAGGCCUCCAGCCCCACUUGGACUUGUGCUCUCAGUACAUUUCGUUCGCAAAUGCCACAGACAUUUUGAGUCAAGGCUUUCCAUCUCUCUUGGCAAAGCUCAAGAUAACAGACAUUGGGAACUUUGAUCAGGUCUUGUUCUUGUGGGGCAAAGAAAACCUUAACUCCCUCACGCCUGACAUUGUCCUGAAAAAUCUGUCAAGUUGCUGUGAAAUUUUCCGCCAGGUAGUCCUCGAGCUCAAGCGAAUUCACUUCUCCAACUCCAUCCGGGCAGUAACCUAUUGUUCAUCCGAACUCACAGUUGAUCACGUAAAUCCAGGCUUUGCCAUUGUCGGCAUGACGAGGUCGUUUGCUGCAGAAAUAGCUGAACUCUCAUUUCAGCUGGUGGACAUCGGCUCCGUCAGUGCCAAGGACGUCGCGGCUCUGUCGGAGGUCCUUCGAGAUUAUCCUUGCAGCAAAUACCCAGAACUGGUGAUUAAAGACGGUGUAAUUCUGAAACCUUCCAUCGUGCGUACCCCUCCUGAACCGACUGACAAUUGUGAAGGCGCUUUUGUGUCCAACACAUCUGAACCUUGCGUCCUUCAGACUGGGGAUGCUUUUAAAAUGUGCCGCCUGAGUGCCGUUCGCCAUGAAUAUGAUGAUGAUGUAGAGCAAAUGAGUGACGCAUCAGUUGAAAUUCGUCCCACUAAAAUAUGUGUCCAUUCGUCAGAUUACUUUCCCGUGAGUGCUUCACAUCUGAAUUUUGGGCAGACGCUAUACUGGAACAAACACUCCUCGCAGAACCACAAGCUACACUUGAUUGACUUCAGUGGAAUCGUGACCAAGGUUGGAAAGAAUGUCCGAAAAUUCAAAGCGGGAGAUUCCGUAGCUUGCUGUUACCCUGCGGUGGCAGCCAGUAGGGUCAGAGUUCCAGAGGUGGUGUGUUACGCCACCAAAAACUGCCGUUUCCUUCAAACAACACCCUGUGUCUCCUACUUUGUCCUGGCAAGGGAAAUCCUGUUCAGGGUCUUGCCAAAAGCCAAGAACCAUCUCUGUAUCAUUUCUCCUGUCCCUGAUUCCACUCUGGUGAAGGUUUUGACACUUGCCUCUCAACAGUUGAAGUGGAACGUGAUUGUUGGAACACGUUGCUCCUUCAAAGAGGCCAACCAAAUAGAGGCAUUCAUAAUCCUCCCUCCAUUCAACCAAGACUUGAUUGCAGAAGUCUGCAGCUUAUCUGGUGUCCAGAAUGUUGUCCUUGUUCCUGGAUAUCAAACACAGCACACGCUCGCCCAAGAUCAGCUCCUGAGCGUGAAGGAAAGCGUCCAUGUCCAAACAAUUGACAUUGCGGCUCUCUUGCAAAAAGGAUCUCUGUGCGCUCGAAGGCCGCACGUUCAUCGCUGGCUCAAGACCUUUAACGUGUACAAGAAGUUUUCACUUGAAAGCUUCACCUAUCAGUCUAACAUAUCUGAGAAGAUCGACAUUUUCCCGUCAGCGCAGCCAGUCUCCUACUUCCACGCAAGGAAAGUGGCCAUUGUGGCACUGGAACAAUGUCAGACCACCGCGGCGUCAAAUAUUCCACUCCAUUGUUUGAAAAAGCAGCUUUUCCGAAAGAGAUCGGUGUACAUUGUGGCAGGCGGUUUGACCGGGCUGGGUUUCGAAACGGUGAAGUUCAUCUCGCAAAAGGGCGGCGGGUUUGUCAUCAGCCUCUCCAGGAGCAAGCCCUCACAAGAGGUGCAGCGGGAGAUCCGCAACAUAGAGAAGCAGUGCGGCAACACCGUGGUCAGCAUGCAGUGUGACAUUGCAGCGUCAGAGCAGGUGGACAGGGUCGUCCGUGACAUACAAGUCAAGUUCGGAGCUUAUCCAAUUCGAGGGGUGUUUCACAGCGCGGUCGUCUUGCGUGAUGGGCUGAUCGAGUCCCUUGAUAGAGCCCUCUAUGAGGAGGUUCUCGAGCCCAAAGUCAACGGCGUGCUAAACCUGCACCGCGCAACACUGAGCUGCCAGUUGGAUUACUUUGUUUGUUACUCCUCCAUAUCGGCCUUCCUGGGAAACGCGUCACAAACCAAUUACGCGGCAGCAAAUACAUUCCUGGACUUGUUUUGUCAGUACAGGCGCAAGCUCGGCCUGCCCGCCCAGUCCAUAAACUGGGGAGCUCUGAACGUCGGACUCCUCUUGAACAAAGAGUCGUACCAUCGCUUCCUGGAGGCCAAGGGGAUUAUGGUGCUGAUGGUGGCCGAGAUCCAUAAAAGUCUCGAGCAAUGCUUGCUGCUCAAUCGACCGCAGCAGGCCAUUUGCCGCUUCCACUUUCGGAACAUCCGCUUUAACAUCCUCUCGCAAAAUGUCGCCCUUACCAUGCGGCUUUCGGCGCUGGUGGAACAAGCCCUCCAAAAGUCCAGAGAGUUGAAUUCUCAAAGUAAAAACACAGAGGAGAUGCCGGCCAGAGAUUACGUGGUCUCGCUGCUCAGCAAAACCAUCGGCGUGGACGCCGGCGAACUGAAAGACGACACGGCGCUCUCGUCGCUCGGCACCGACUCAAUGCAAGCCAUGACGCUGCAGAACCUCAUCUACCAGGACCGAGGCGUGAACGUGCCGCUGGUCAAACUUUUGGAUCCCAAUGCCACGCUAGCCGCUGUGGUGGCCAUCUUGAAUGAGGGCCAAAACGGUGGGACCGCGGACCCAAACAGUCUCUCAAAUGAUGAUGAUGAUGAUGAUGAUGCCAUCACCGUUUCCACCAGAUUUUAAGCAAGAUGACUGUUGAUAUGAGAUACAGUGGUAUUACAAGUUUAUGUCAAUCCAUUUCCAUGGUCGUACCUCAAAUCACUUUUCCCUAUCAAAAUGAAUGGAAAUGCCACUUAUCGGUUCCAGUCCCCCUAAGAGACAGCAACAUUUUUUAUAAUAUGGUUUUGCGAAGUAAAACACAACCGUACCAUAUUGUGUUAAGAGGUGUCCCCAACCAUCAGGCCACAGAUCAGGACCAGGCAGCGCAGAUAAGACUCAAAAAUGUUUCUGCGUUUCUAUAUCUAUACAUAUUUGUGUGUGCGCGUGUGUAAUACAUUUGUGUCAGUCAAUGUAGAUAAUUCUUAAAUUAACUGAAGAAGUUGCUUACGACAUUGUCUACAUUUCAAUUUGUUUGAUUUUUUUUUUUUUUUCUUUGUAAACAUUUUAUUAACCAGAUCUUGAAGGAGACGCACAUACAUCGUUGUAUAUUAUUUGGAGUUUGCAUGUUUAUCUUGUUGUCCCAGAGGUAUUUGUGGCGAUAACGGGGACAUCCCAGCAUUUGUUUUUUUUUUUUUUAAAGCUUUUCAUCAAGCACGUGUCCUCAAUGUGAUCGUUCUUAUCGUUUUAUGAGGAUUAUUAAAAUGAGCGUGUCAAAAU